CUGAUUUGGGAUUUCAGAAUCGGCCAGUGACUCCUCUCGGUAGACGGUGGCCCUAAGGCAGCACCCAGUCCAGCUGAAGGGAGAACUUUGCUGGAGCCGAGGACCUGCACUUCCUUUGCGCGGGGAGGGAGGGUCAGAAAGCCUUUUGAGUGUGGUCUAGGUGCAGCUCAGGGCCCGCCCGGGGAUUUCCUUUCAAAGGUGACUUAGAGGCACUUCAGGAGGGUAGCGCCCUCCCGGGCGGGUCCUAAUGGUAAAUUUGGCCGAGUCAGCGAAACUCGGUGCCUGGCGGACCUGGCGGCGGGGCAGCGCCCUCUCCCGCGCCCUCGCCCUCUCCCGCGCCAGGCCGCGGAGGCGCACGGGGCCAUUUGCAGCGCAGGCAGCCUCGGGAGCAGCCGCGGCGCACCGGCCGGGAGGGAGGCGGCACCAUGGAGCUGAAGCAGGACAGCAACGCCGUAGCCAUAGACAUGCUGCUCAUCGUGCACUCGGAGAAGAGGCGCGCGGCGCAAGCCACGCACUUGGACCCGCAGGCGGACCCGGGCGCGCUGCUGCAGAACCAAGGAGGAUUCCAAGGUGUCAGAAAUGGAAUCCGGAAGUGGCAAGAAUUGGAAGGAAACGACUUCCAGGGAAACUUGCCGGAGAAGCAGUGCCUUCAGCAGCCGCAGGUCAUCACUUCCUAUGACAACCAAGGUACUCAGCUAACUGUAGAAAUCCACCCCCAAGAUGCCAUGCCCCAGCUACUCAAGAAGCUCUCUUUGACUAAACGUUUACAAGGUGACAAAAAUGGAAACAUGAGACCCCGGCAGCCUGGAGGGAAAGAUGCCCAUGCCUACCCUUGGGACAAGUCCAGUUUGAAAUCCAUGCCCCUGGACCUGCGACACUUUGAGAAACUGGAUGCCUCUGCCUCACAGGUGACAGUCAAGAGUGGCCUGGAUGAGCUAGUGAGCGACUUGCUGGAGGAAGCCCACAGCGAUCUGGAAAAAGUCAGAGCCAUCUGGAUCUGGAUCUGCCACCACAUAGAGUACGAUGUUGAAGCUGCCCAGGAGAAGGACCGCCAGGCCUUCAAACCCACUCACAUCCUGAGGACCCAGAAGACCACCUGUGAUGGCUAUGCCGGCCUCUUUAAAAGAAUGUGCAGGAUUGCUGGAGUACAGUGUGUUACCGUGCCUGGCUACUCCAAGGGAAUUGGCUACCAGACUGGGCAAAGCUUCUCCGGGGAGUUCGACCAUGCCUGGAACGCUGUGUACCUCGAGGGCCGUUGGCACCUGCUAGACAGCACCUGGGGCAGUGGCCUGGUAGACACCAAAACCUCCAAAUUCACCUUUCUCUACAACGAAUUCUACUUCCUCACCCACCCUGCCCUGUUCAUCGAGGACCACUUUCCGGACAACAAAAACUGGCAACUGCUGAAGCCGCCUCAGUCUCUGAGGCAGUUCGAGAACAACAUGUACCACAAGAGUGAAUUCUACAACAAGGGCAUGCUGAGUGCUCACCCGGAGAUGUCCAUGAUCCGAACAGUGAACGGGAAAGCCACCGUCACCGUCGAGAGCCGCGCCCCAACGCUCUUCAUGUUCAUGCUCAACGGCAAGCAGGAGCACGGGCUCCUGAGCCUCCGGAAGAACGGGAUGAAGCUGGAGGUGUACCCCCCGACCAUGGGGACCCACAAGCUGCAGAUCUUCGCCAAGGGCACCUCCGAGAUCUACAGCUCGGUGCUGGAAUACACGCUCAAGUGCAACUACGUAGACUUCUCCGUCCGCCUGCCCACAGAGCUCCACCAGCCCGUGGGGCCCAGCUGGUUCUCCGAGCAGAUGGGCAUCAGGAAGCCCUCACACCUCGAUCCCGUCAUCCACACGAGUGACGGCCGCUGCUCCGUCAGCUUUGGGGUGGAGAAGGGCAUCAGCAUCCUGGCGUCCCUCCACGGGGACGACGGCCCCGUCACGGAGGAGACGCAGCGGCGAUACAUCUUCCAGGUGAACCGAGAGAAGAGGACAGAGCUGAAAGUCCAGCUGCCCCAGGCUGGCAAGUAUGCCCUUAAGAUCUACGCGAAGAAGAGGCAAGAGCAAGGCAACUUUGUCUUCGUCUUCAACUACCUCCUGUGCUGCGCCAACACCAAGGUGAACUGGCCCAUGUUCCCCGAGAUCUUCGGCACCUGGGGGCAGGACAAUGAGCUGCUGGAGCCUCUCUCGGGCGUGCUCCCCGCCAACCGCAACAUCCCCUUCAAGCUGAAGCUGCCCGGGAUCGCCAAAGCCCUGGUGAAAGGGCAGGACACGUGGCCCCUGACCCUUAACCCCGAGGGCUACUGGGAGGGCAGCUGCAACACAGCUGGCUGCCGAGAAGUCUACGUCAUGGUGCUAGAGAACGCAAACCACAACUUCUACUCGUACAUCCUGAAGUACAAAGUGAACGACCACUGAGGGGCCCGCAGACACACAGCCUCCCCGGGGCUGAGGUCAGCCCUGCCCAGGGAGGGCCCAAGCUGAGUGCAGAGAGCCUGGGAUAUCGCCGAUCUGCAUGAAAUCAUUUCUGGGCCUCUGCCUCAGUUUCCCUGCUCUGCCACGGGCAUUGAGGAGUUUGUGCUGCUGAAGGCUUCACUCAGUGCAGUUGUGGAUAAAGGGACAGAGGCAAAGGUCCCCUAGAAGGAAAAGGUGCUAUGUAAAUCCAAGGUAUUGUGGGGUGUGUACCUGUGCCUGUGCCUGUGCCUGCUUUUUUGUCAGUACUUUGUUGUAGUGCUGGGUGGGAAAGCAGAGAUGUUGCCCACGCUGAAAGCUUUCCACACAGUGCCCAGAGAGUUCCCCCUUCCUGCCCCGGUGAUGUCUGAGGCUGAGUCUAUCAGAGAGGUCAGCCCCCCCCCCCAAGCAACACAGUGUCUCUCCACGACUUCUGGCCCCCAGGAAUGUUGGGCCUGCCUGCCUCCCACAUUCCCAGCGCCUCUAUUAGCCACUUCAUGCUCUUCAAGAGCCUGCAAAGAGAGAGAUGUGGAAAAGAAGCUAGCUGGCCCUCAGCCAACGGGGGCCUGUCAUCUCCCGAUCCCUUGAGUCUCUGACAUGUGCCGGGGGCAGAAAAACAGCCAUGCACACACACGGAUGUCCCGAGUGGGGACCAGGGAUGGGCUGAUGUUUUUGGAAGUCCAGCGGCCCACACUUAAGGGUGAAGAUCCCCAAUUCUGUGUGCCUACCGGAAUUCAGCCCAGGGCCUAGGGAUGCCCUCCUAGCCUGAGCCUAGGCCCGUCAUCAGUUUUUCUCUGGGGCCUCAGAUGCCUAUACAGCCUGUCGGGAGCCUUUGGUGGGCUGAAGUCGAUGAGCAUGAUGGAGACCUGGGCCCUGGGCAGGCAGAGUCCCAGAGGAGCUGCAGCAGUACCAGAGACAAUAUAUGAUAACAAGAUUGUGCUGCUUCCGGGGUCCCGAACGAGCAAACCCAGGCUGAGGGGUCCACCGUCUGCCCCCUGAGAGAGUGUUUGUACCUGUCUCCCAGAAAAGCCCUAUCAUAGCCAUUUUCCCUCCUGUCUGUCUCUGAGUAGACAACUCCUGUCCCGAGUUCAGCCUUCUAUUGGGAACAGUUGAGAUCCUCUUACUUGCUCGGACCUGUCCUAAAAAGCCUCAGCUGCCUAGCUGGCCCUCAGCAGCACCUGAGGCUGGCGUUUCCAUGACAACGGCUGAGGGAAAAGCAGGUUUCAGCAGGCAGCAGGCAGGGAAGGCCUGAGGAAGGCCCCCAAGAGGCCACUGCAAUCGCAUCCCCGUGCUCGGAGGAGCUCCAGGAUGAUCCUCACCAAACUUCUAGGUUCUAGGACUCUGCUUACUGUGCCCACCUCGGGGCCCUGCUCCCUCACUUCUCUCUUAGGGCUGUCAUCAGAUUCAGUGGCAGCCUAGGAUAAUCACAGCCUCUGCAUUCAGCUCUUUCCUGGGUAAGAGCUCAUCAGACUCUCCUCGGGAAAGUGCUGGAUGCCGGGACUGUAUCGACGAACACAAAGGGCUCAGCCAUAGCCACCCACACCUCUGGGUGGGUGGACUGCCAAGUGGAGCCUGCCUGAAGACCUGGGAUCCCAGAACUUCAGCCCUUCAGCCCUUUCAGCCCCUUUUUCACAGGUCCCCACUGCCACCCACGCGGUAUCAAGUAACCACCCUUCACCAGGCUGGGAAGCCUCACUUGUGACUGGCAGGACUGGUAGGGGCUGAGCUGCCUUGACUUGCCUCCAGGGUCCUCUGGCCAUCUUGUCACUCCCUUCUGGAAAACGGACAAAAGCGGGGAGGGGAGGAGAUGGGGAAGGCACGCGAGCGUCACCGCUACAAAAAGGUGGGGUUUGCACAGCCUGGAAACAGCCUUUUUUUUUCUCUCACCCCUUUCAUUUUAUGAGCAGAAAGAAGUGUGCUAUGCCUUAACGAAAUAGUAAGUGCUUCUGCGAUGCCUGCCUCUGGCUAGACAGAGCCGGGACUGCCACCGCUAGCCCUGCAGGAUACAAUCCCAUAUUUUUCAAAACAGCAUAAUUAAUCCAUUCUGGAGCCUGCAGAGGAUGCCACCCAACAAAACAGGAGCUGUCCUCAGCACCGGAGACCGGGGCCGGGCCUCUAUCCCGGCUCCCCAGGUCACUCACACGCCCCGCCCUCCUCAUUUAACCAGGCAGCCCCUUUGUCAAGGCAGCUGUAGGUGCACUCGGGAAAACGCCUGCAUUUCUUUCCACGGAAGUAAAGAUACAUGAAACUAAAUCCAAUCCUCACGAAUUUUUGCACGCAUGCUGCUCAAGCUGGAAAUUUGGAGGUUGCGUUUUUGAAGGCUUUUUAUUCAAAUCCCCCUCUUUUGUCUCUCGGUCCACGCGUCCUAGUGGCCGAGCGAAUGGCACGAGCGCCCCCUGGUGGUUAGUGUGAGAAGUUGCCAACGCUGCCACACCACCCUCCCACCACCCCCAAGCUGGGUCCCAGCUUGCUAAAAACCACUAGUCUUGUCCCUCACGUGCGAGUUGUGCAGUCCUUGUCGUGGAUAUGCCGAGGUCAGCGUUGACAUGCAGACCGUGAGAAGAGCCUGGGGAGACUUCUUGGCCUGGCGUGGUGGUGAGAAGACACAGAAUGUGAUAAGGAGUGUUUUGCCCAGAAAUCCUUUCCUGAGACGGAAGUCCUGGACACAGGCCUGCCUGGCUGGGGUCGCUUUGAUCAGGCUCAUUGCUACGCCAAUGACAGACAGGCUGAAACUGAUCAAACUCAGCAUUUUGCCAGGCAGGCCCCAGGAAAAGUGCCAGGGUGCAGAAGGAUGGGGCGUGGUGGGGCAAAAGGGUGCAAUUAAAACUCUUUUCAGCUUGCUUCAAAAGUGCCACCAGCUCAGCUGGACCGAUUGCGGAAUACUUUGAGUUCUCCAUAUGUUACAUUGUCUCACCAGGACGGACUCCUCACGGCCCACUGAGAUUAAAGAGACGUAAAUAGAUUAAGUGAAGCAUGAAGGAUUUCAGCUAGAUAUAAAGAACCAUUUCCUGUUGCGAAGCAGGAGGAGCACGUUGCCAAAAAAAAAAAAAAAAAAAAAAGUCUGCGGAAUUCUCAGAGGACUUGAAAAGGAGAAGAGUUACCCCAGCUCUCUGGCGUUUUUCUUUGCCAUGCUUAGUGAGGUUGGUCGGGUUCUCUCUCCACUGCUUCUUGAGGUGUACUGGUCGGCCCGCAGUAAACGGGGGGGGGGGGCUAACGGUGUGACUACAGAGCUCAUUAUCAGACUUCAAAGGUGGUUUACCUGAGGUCUGUCCUUUCUUUUCACCGGGAGUGAGUAAAGCUGCAGAGGUGACUAUUUCUCCUGACGUGUGUGCCAGAUUGUGUGAGCCGCUGGCUGUGGAAGACGCCGGCUUCUUCACAUUGUUGCUGGGGUUGUUUUUCAAUAAAAUUUAUAUUCAUUUUUAUCCAACAAUGUAAUUAUCGAUCUAUCCUU